AUGGGCGGAGAGACUGUAUUCACGACUAUAACACGUCCUGGCCCGACGCUCAUACACGGACGCGUUGAACGCGUUGUUGUCAAGCAGCUGGGCCUCCGGGUCUCAGGCCUCGCCCACCUGGUGCGCUCCCCAGACGUCUUGUGGCCUGGCCUCCCAAGCAGGACCUUUGCCCUUCCGAGAGACAGCGCCAGCGUCCUUGUUGUUCAACGUAGCACGAACCGCAUCCUCUCAAUGGCUCCACUCCGUCUGCCAAUCCAAGCGCUUAUGCUCCUACACGUUGCACACGGAAACGCUAUCGUGGAGAAAUUACCAGCCCUGAUCCCACUAUACCAAUACCGAUACUACUACCAGCUGGUCUUCCUUGAGCCUCACGCGCCACUUCCAGCCUUGGUCUGUUAA